CUGCGUUUUGUCGUCCAAACUCAUAACCAGUAACCACCUCUCGUUCCUCAUCUUUAUCACCACAUUCUUUCCAAACACAAACAUAUCAAACUCAGAGUAACUCUUACCUUAUUAUACUUAAUACCAUAUAGAUUUCUUUCUUCUGCUUCGACUCCAUUUCUUUCUUUUCUUUUUUUUUUUCUCAAAAAACAAACAAAAUUUCAAAACAAAAAUGACCUUAAACUUGAGCUACCCAUGGCUGUCUCGUCUUUCUCAUCCCUAUCCAUCUCUCCCAAAGCUUUGUGAAACCCUCCACAACAACUACACCAAUACCCAUGCUUCACUGUUCAGAAGUUUAACUUUGAACCUUUCCAAGACACUGAAGAUGAAAGCUUCUCUUAGUGAGAGUGAGAGUGAGAUUAGUUCUAGUGGAGUGGCAGAGAACCCAGUUUCUGUUUCUGAGCUUUUAAAUGAGGAAUUGCUCAGUAAAGUUUCUAGUGCUAAAGAUUCCCAUGAAGUAUUGCAGAUUGUAGCUGAAGGGUCUCGAAAGAAUUGUGGUGUUGUAAGCGUUUCUGAUUCCUGUUUGAUUAUAUCGGCUGCUCUUGAAAGGAACAAUCCCGAAUUGGCUCUUUCUGUUUUCUAUGCAAUGCGUGCCAGUUUCGAUCAAGGGGUUAGUGAAAGUAGUGGCGGUUUUGUUGAGAGAUGGAAGUGGUCAAGACCAGAUGUUCGUGUUUACACAUCGUUAAUUCAAGGUCUUGCAGCAUCAUUGAGGGUCUCUGAUGCCCUCAGAAUGAUCAGCAAUAUUUGCCAUGUUGGAGUAUCUCCUGGUGAGGAGGUGCCUUUUGGAAAGGUUGUGAGGUGUCCAAGUUGUAUGAUAGCUAUGGCUGUUGCACAACCUCAACAAGGUAUUCAGAUGGCAUCGUGUUCGAAGUGCCGCUACAAGUAUGAACUUGUUUCUGGAAACAUAGUCAGUAUUGAGUCGGAAGAAAUCAGCAUGGAUGUUCCAGCAUGGAAAAGGGGACUAAAAUUUCUACAAAUAAUGAAGCAAAGCAUUCCUGCUGCUGUUCACUCCAUUGUGGUUCAAACCCCUUCUGGUGUGGCACGUACACACAGGUUUGCCACUGAAACAGUGGAUCUCCCAGCACAAGAAGGACAAAGAGUAUCAAUUGCUUCAGCAGCUCCAUCAACUGUUUAUAGAGAAGUAGGCCCUUUUAAAUUUACUCCAAAAGCUCCCAGGUUCUAUCCUGGAGAGCCAAUCUGUCUGACAAACCAUGAAGAUGGCCGUGAAUCGCUACUUUUAAGAGCCCCUGUUAAAGAUGGAUCCUCAUCUUUAAUUAACCCUUCCAUUCUUUUACCUCUUAUUGCUGUACUGGCCGCUGGAGAUGCUGCUUCUGGAGCUAUUGAUCCCAGCCUUCCCCAGUUGCUUUCGGCUGCUGCAGUUGCAUCUCUUGCUGUUGGAACUACUUUUAACACUCUGGUUUUGCCCCAGUUGAGCAGGCUUCCUGAGAGAUCAGUCGAAACUAUUGCCAUCAGACAGCAACUUUUAUCUCAAUAUGAUUUUCUUCAGUCCCGGAUCAAGAGCCUAAAAGAAGCUGCUGAAAAGGAGGUUUGGAUGUUAGCCCGGAUGUGCCAACUGGAAAACAAAAUUUUUGCUGUUGGAGAGCCUUCUUAUCGUGCUCGAAGAAAUAGAGUGAAAAGAGUUAGAGAAGGUUUGGAAAACUCUCUUAGAGGAAGGAUUGAACUGAUUGACAGCUAUGCAAGAAUAUCUUCAAUGAUUGAAAUUGAGGUAGAAAUGGAUUCUGAUGUUCUAGCCGCUGAAGCAGCAAGCAAUGCGGAAAGUAUUGCUGAACAAAUAGAGCAAAUCAUGGAACUCGAAAAUCUUGAAGAGAGAUGGAAGCUACAAGCUGAAGCAAAUGAUGAAGCAGAAAGACUUCUAAGCUCUCAACCAAUUUCUCCGGAAGAGUUUUAGAAUGUAUAUCUUCUUCUUAUCAAACUUGUCCUCUCCACAAGAUCUGUUUGGUUGGAUCAAAUCAAUGAGCAGGCAAAUUUUGCUCUUACAUUCUACCAUGCAACGCUCAUUUUUAUUGUACUUUUAACACCAACCACUCUACCUCUAGAAAGGGAGUUAAAUUAGUGAAUUGAGUUUUGAGAAAGGAGAACGCUUAUUUAAGAGGACAGGAAGAAUCUUGUUCAUCUCCAAGCUGAAGACUGUCCAAAUGGGCGGUCGUUCUGAGUAGCUUAUAAAGAAUGGUAUCCAAAGGGAAUUUAAUGUAAAUUCAUUGAUUCUACUUGUUCAUCACUUCUAUAGGUUGACGGAGAAAUUAAUUUUAUCUUGUGAAUAAUCAUUUCGCUGAUGACUUUAUAAUACUUGUUAUUGCUUCUUCA